AUGACGGUUUCAUACACCCUCAAAGUGGCAGAGGCCCGCUUUGGAGGCUUCUCUGGUCUGCUUCUCCGUUGGAGGGGAAGCAUCUACAAGCUCCUCUACAAGGAGUUCCUACUCUUCAUUGCCCUGUACGCGCUGCUCAGCAUCACCUACCGGGUGCUGCUGACCCAGGAGCAGAGGCAUGUGUAUGCCCAGGUGGCCCGGUACUGCAACCGCUCUGCGGACCUCAUCCCUUUGUCCUUUGUACUGGGUUUCUACGUGAGCAUGGUGGUGAACCGCUGGUGGGCGCAGUACACCAGCAUUCCGCUGCCCGACCAGCUGAUGUGCGUCAUAUCGGCCAGCGUGCACGGCGUGGACCAGCACGGCCGCCUGCUGCGCCGCACCCUCAUCCGCUAUGCCAACCUGGCUUCGGUGCUGGUGCUGCGCUCGGUCAGCACCCGCGUGCUCAAGCGCUUCCCCACCAUGGAGCACGUGGUGGACGCAGGUUUCAUGUCCCAGGAAGAGAGAAAGAAGUUUGAGAGCCUGAAAUCCGACUUCAACAAGUACUGGGUUCCUUGCGUCUGGUUCACCAACCUGGCCGCGAAGGCCCGGAGGGAUGGUCGCAUCCGUGAUGACAUCGCUCUCUGUUUGCUCCUGGAAGAGCUGAACAAGUACCGUGCCAAGUGCAGCAUGCUGUUCCACUAUGAUUGGAUCAGCAUCCCUCUCGUCUACACCCAAGUGGUGACCAUAGCAGUAUACUCCUUCUUUGUCCUCUCCCUGGUUGGUCGCCAGUUUGUGGAGUCAGAGGCUGCUGAGCCUCUGAGGCCAGGACAGGAGUCAGCAGCAGCCCUAGGGGACCUGGACAUGUAUGUGCCUCUCACCACUCUCCUGCAGUUCUUCUUCUAUGCCGGCUGGCUCAAGGUGGCUGAACAGAUCAUCAACCCAUUUGGUGAGGAUGAUGAUGACUUUGAGACCAACCAGCUCAUAGACCGCAAUUUGCAGGUGUCCCUGCUAUCUGUGGACGAUAUGUACCAGAACCUGCCUCCCGCCGAAAAGGACCAAUACUGGGACGAGGAUUCAGCGCAGCCGCCCUACACUGUGGCCACAGCGGCCGAGACGCUGCGGCCUUCCUUCCUGGGCUCCACCUUCAACCUGCGCAUGAGCGACGACCCUGAGCAGAGCCUGCAGGUGGAGGCGUACCCCGGGUCUGCCCAGCAGCUGCCCGCAACGCAGACUCCGCUGCUCGGCCGCUUCCUGGGGGCAGUAGCGCCCUCUCCUGCCAUCAGCCUCCGGAACUUCGGCCGCGCACGAGGACCCCCGCGCACCCCUCACCUGCCUCGCUUCCGGGCUGAGGAGGGCGGUGACCCGGAGACCGCCGAUCGCAUCGAGGAGGAGGCGGCGGGAUCAGGGGACGAGGCUUUGGAGCCCUGA